AUGGACAUUGAGGCAGCGAUUCUAUCUAUAAAUAAAAAUGAUUUUUCGUGUUUUAAUAAGAUUCUGAAUCUUUUAGCUCAUAGCGAAGGAGAAAUUUCUAAUGAUUGCCUUGUCAGACUUCUAGAUACCGUUGACAAGAAUCUACGAAAUAUUCCUGAAAGCUUGCAGCAACAGCUCACAACAGCAAUCUGUCAUCGCAUUGAAUGGAUAACUUCUGAAAGCUCGGAUCUGGUUCGUACCUUCAUCCAGUUGCUCUCUUCCUUGGCUGAAGUUGUGCCAGAAAGCCUGGCACAAACGACCCAAUUGCUUUGUGCCCUUCUACUACAAGCCGACUGUUCGCGAACUGACUAUGCAGCCUACCAUCAAUCAUCCACUUUACUUCUGCUGGAAUUACUGAGUCAUUUCCCGCAAGCUGAACGGUCUAUAUGUGAUAGUGUUUUUACCUCCACUCCUUCUUGGUUCAGAUCUCUAAAUGAGAUUGCUUACUUUUCUUUCUGUCUAUCUGAAAUUUUUGUCUCCAAAGACGUACCUUUUCAGUUUUCAUAUCGUCUAGAUAUGUUGCAGACGUUGGCGCGGCUGUCGUUAGAUUGUGAAGUCAAUUUAUCCCCUGCAUCCUUGUCUUUUGUUGAAGCAUUCGACUCCCUCGUAGACAUUUUAGGUUCUGAGAAAUCCGUUAGAGUGGAAUUUGUGGAGUUAUUGACACAAUUAUGCGCCUAUAAUGUAGAUUCUUCUAAUAAAUUAACCACUUUGACUUGGAUAAUGGCUAAAUGUGUCCCUAGGUUGUGCGCGUCAGCCAGAAAUGAACUUGACUGGACGAAACUAUGUCAGGUGUUUUUUCUAAUUAAAAAGCUAUUUGGUGAAAGUAUCAAGCUUACAGGAACAAAAUCAGAAUCCUUUUCAUUCUUGGUCUGUUAUAUUUCUAGCUUGAAGCCCGGUAUUCUCAUAAAUUUGGUUGAGUUUUUGUGGAACUCUUUUGUGAUUGCCAUUGGGGAUACUCACUCAGUAAUCUUUUUAUCCUAUCUUGCGGACAUUCUUGUUAGACUUAAGUGCUGUUCUAGAGAUCUAAUAAUUAGUGUCUUGAACGAUAUGAUUGUUUGGUGUGUGACGUUUCCUUAUAAAAACAAGACAUCCCUUAACAACAGGAUUUAUCUGGCGGUCUGUGAAGCGGCUUUUCGCAUAUUCGUCGCCCGACAUGAGUAUUUACUUAGUUCUCCACCACACAAAUUGGCCUUGGCACAACUUCCAUUUAGUCAAAUUAUUUUAUCAUCAUUUCAACCCUUUGACUUCUUGCAUCCUAAUGUUAAACAUGCUGUCAUUUUUGUCGCACUAAAGUACGACCUCCCUUGGCCGGCUCUAGGUCUCCUUAAUUUGGAUACAAAAGAUGAUACCCAUGUUGGUACUCCAUUCCAGCCUUCACUUAUUUCGGACAACUCAAUGUGGAUUAAUUACUUGUGUCAGACACCUUUGCAUAGCUAUGAGAAAAAUCUGCCUUUGAAGUUAGGCCAAUUUUUAAUGCCAAGUCCAUUCAAAGUCAAAAUAUAA